AUGGCUGCCACUUCACAAACUUCCACAGCCCGAGCAGUGAUGAGUGAGCAGGCUUUGAUUGGAGCUGCUUCUGUCUCUCUUUGGGGCCCGAGACAGCGCACAGCUCUGCACCGAGCAGCAAUGGUGGGAGACACUGACACUGUGUCCGCUCUCACAAAGGGCGGCUGUGCUCUGGACCUACAGGACAAGGAUGGUAACACAGCACUACAUGAAGCAUCCUGGCAUGGCUUCACCUCAUGUGUCAAGCAAUUGGUGAAAACCGGAGCUGAUGUCAAUGUUAGAAAUAAGGCAGGAAACAUUGCACUGCACUUGGCUUCGCAAAACUCACAUGUUCCAUCCGCACGCCUCCUUAUGCUCGGCUCAAGUAUUGACUCAAAAAACAAUGUGGGGGAGACGUGUUUGCAUGUGGCUGCUCGCUAUGACAACAGAGACAUAGUCAAAAUCUUGAUCAGUUCUCAGUGCUCUUUGACAGAAAAAAAUGAGAGAGGAGACACUGCGCUCCACAUUGCAGCUGCUUUGAACCAUAAGAAAAUGGUUCAGCUUCUGUUAGAGGCUGGACUCGAUGCAAACCUCAAGAACAAUGCAGGUAGAACAGCUCUCGACAAAGCCAGAGAUAACAAUCACAAGGAUCUGGCAGUGGUUUUGGCCCGAGCUCCUCAGGUGCAUCGCUUUUUAAGAGGGAGAACAAUAAAAAAGCAAAGAGAAAGACAUAGAAGUCAGUCUGCCUGUCGAGUAGAAGCAGAACCAAAUCAAACUGUGGAGCAGGGGAGCAGCUCAGCCACAGAGGAUGCCCCCAGUGUUGAACAGCAGGAGAAAUCAAAAGGAUUUAAAACACACAAAGAAGACAUCAGUCCAAUCUCCAAUGAGAACCAAAAAAUACGAAAACAGGAAGAGAAGGACAAGAUCUGGGUUGAGAGAAAAGCCAAGGAUCCUAAUAGAAAACAGCAUUUAAAAGACGGAAGAAGACAGCACGAGUUUGAAGACAGUGAUGAUCUGCACCUCCAGUUUAAAGACUCAUACCAGCUCUACACAUUGUACAGAGACAAGGACGGCAAUGUACGACAGUCCCCUGCCAAUGGCUGCCACUGUAAGCCGCUGUUAAAGAGGUUGGAGAGUGAGUUGAAGUUGACACAAGAUGAGAUGAGGCUCCAACUCCGAAACGUGCAAGAGGAAGUGAAGAGCACAAUCGGACAAAUGGACCGUCGCAACCGGCGGCAGAUAAAAGUGGUGGAUAUGAUAAACCAGGCCAGAGCAGCAGCUGAAAGACGUCAUCUGAUGUACAGGAUGGAACAGCAGGCGGCACAAGGACGGGAGGAGGCCCGCGUGACAGAGGCAGCAGUGCGGAGUGAGCUGAAAAAGUGGUGUGUGUCCGAGCUCAAGCCCCGGGACGUCCCAGCGACACCAAGAGGCGCCCCUUACUCCAGACUGGUGCACUCCCCCUCAGCGGGACAGUCCUGUGGGGAGUCUGACCUGGAGAGCCUCCCCCUCCUCUCUGUCCUCUCCAGCGACAGCAGCUCAUCUCUGGCCACGUACGUCAAUAUUGCCCCCUCCUGGUCGUCCUGGAGCCUGGGAUCUGAGCAGGAGACGAGCAGGAAAUACUUUGAGAUGAAAGUGGACAGAUCACCAGAUGACUACGAGAACACCACUCCCGCUGCCUCCGCCUCUAAACGGCCGUCCAUGCAGCGUGUGGAAGAGCAGGACAGUGACUGCUCGGCUGUGGUGGCCGUGAGGGGGGAGGGCUUUGGCAACAGCAGCAAGUCCAGUGACUGCCCCCCCAGAUGGGUGUCGCCAAAGGGCCACGUGCAUGAGAUGGUGAAGAUGGGACACAACCAGGACAGGACCAUCGAGGUCUACAAGGACCGCCCCCCCACUGAGAACACCUUGAUGAUGGAGCGGGCACAGCUGCAUGCGGCCGAGGUGAGCCAGCGCUUCUUGGAGACUGUGUCCUCUCAGCUGGAGCUGUGGUGUGAGAGGAAGAUCCUGGAGGUGGAGAGGCAGACGGAGGUCCAGGCACAGAAGGACAAACAGGAACUACUGCAGCGCAUUAGCACUCUGGAGGCGGAGCUUCAGAGCCUCAGGACCAAUGACAGCUCACAGAGUACAGAACACAACCACAGCCCUUCACUUCAAAACUGA